AUGUCAGUUGCCAAGUUCUUCCAUACUCCAUACUUUGUUUCUUCAGUCGUCGCUCAUUGUAUCCUUGAAUUGGAUAUUGAGGAUAAGGUCGAGAUUGUCACUUUGGGCUUCCAGGACAUGAAGAAUGAGUUCCAUAUGAAGAAGCAUCCACAGGGAAAGAUACCAUUCUACACUGAGGGUGACUUCACUCUGAUCGAGUCAUCAGCCAUCCUUCUCUACAUCCUCGACAACUUUGACACCGAGAAGAAGUUGACCAACUUUGUCGAUGCCCAUCAACGCGGCAAGUUCUACCAAUUCUUGCUCAACUGUCCCACUCAGAUCUAUCCCAACUUUGUCCAGCUCUAUGCCAAUCGUGUGCUGUUCCCCGUCGGCCAUCCCGCCCGAAACGAGUCCGUCAUCGAGUCCAGCCUCGACACUUGGCAUCUGGAGAUCGCACCAUUCGUCGUCGCCGAAUUGGGCAACAACCAAUACAUCCUGGGCAAUGAGUUCACUGCUGCCGAUUGUCUCUUUGGCUACAACAUGUUGAUGGCCGAGUUGUUGGGAGAGAUUAGUGAAUAUCCAACUUUGGUAGCCUAUCUCGCACGUCUUAGAACGCGUCCAGCCUUUGCCAAAUGUUUCACUGAGGAGCUCAAGCAAUACUUACCAACACUUGAGCGUUAUGCCGAUUCCAUCCAACGCAAGGGCAAGCACAUGGUCGAGCUGAGAGCCAACAGAGCUGCAAGACUUGAGGCUGCCAACCAGAACCAAGCUUAA